CCUACUGCUGACUGGGCCAUACUGGGCGGCCUAGAGAGGCGGUGGAAGGGGGGUCGACAAAAGGGAGAUCGCGGGCUAGGGUGGUGGCUUUAGGAACCCAGAGAAAAGGCACCACCUGCCUCCAUUCCCAGCUGGGUGCACCCUCGGCUCAGGUCUCAGCUUGCCCGCUGCCCGCCCCGCCCCUCCUCGCCCAGUGGGUACUCGGAGCCCAGCCCAGCUUGGACGGUGGCAUCCAGGGACCUCCCCAGAGCCACAAAGACUCGAAUGUACCAAGGGCACGGAUGGCGACUGUGGGGCCGCGGACCGGGCCGAAUGCAGGAGCCGAGGCGCUGGCCCUGGCGGCAGAGCUCCAAGGCGAGGCGACGUGCUCCAUCUGCCUAGAGUUUUUCCGGGAACCGGUGUCGGUCGAGUGCGGCCACAGCUUCUGUCGCGCCUGCAUCACGCGCUGCUGGGAGCGUCCGGGAGCCGGGACCGGCACGGCGACCCGCACGCUGCCCUGCCCACUGCCCUGUCCUCAGUGCCGCGAGCCCGCGCGCCCCAGCCAGCUGCGACCCAAUCGACAGCUGGCCGCGGUGGCCUCGCUCCUUCGGCGCUUCAGCCUGCCCCCCACCGCGCCCGGGGAGCGCGGGACCCCAGCGGUGGCUGCCCGGGCGACGGCUGCGCGGUGUUCGCAACACGGAGAGCAACUUAAGCUCUACUGCCAAGACGACGGCCGCGCCAUUUGCGUGGUGUGCGACCGCGCGCGCGAGCACCGUUCCCACGCCGUGCUGCCGCUGGAGGAGGCGGUGCAGGAGGCCAAGGAGCUGCUGGGUUCCAGGCUGAGGGCCUUGAAGAAAGUUCUGGAAGACUAUGAAGUGUUCCGGUCAACAGAGGAGAGGGAGAGCAAGGAGCUUCUAAAGCAGAUGGCAGCAGAGAAAGAGAAGGUAGGGGCAGAGUUCCAAGCACUGCGGGCCUUCCUGGUGGAGCAGGAGGGCCGGCUUCUAAGCCGACUGGAGGUGCUGUCCCAGGAAGUGACACAGAAGCAGAAUGAGAACCUGGCCCAGCUGGAGGGCGAGAUCACUCAGCUGUCCAAACUCAGCAGCCAGAUCCAGGAGACAGCACAGAAGCCGGACCUAGACUUCCUCCAGGAAUUCAAAAGCACACUGAGCAAAUGCAGCAGCGUGCCCAGCUCCAAGCCAACCACAGUCUCAUCUGAGAUGAAGAAUAAAGUGUGGAAUGUUUCCCUCAAGAGUUUUGUCUUAAAGGGAUUGCUGAAGAAGUUCAAAGAGGAUCUCCAGGGAGAGCUGGAGAAAGAAGAGAAAGUGGAACUCACUUUGGACCCAGACACGGCCAACCCCCGCCUCAUCUUGUCCCUGGAUUUUAAGAGCGUACGUUUAGGACAGCGCGCCCAGGAUUUGCCUAACCAUCCUCGCCGCUUUGAUACCAACACCCGCGUUUUGGCAUCCUGUGGUUUCUCCUCUGGGCGACAUCACUGGGAGGUGGAAGUGGGCUCCAAGGACGGCUGGGCUUUCGGUGUGGCCCGAGAGAGCGUGCGUCGCAAGGGCCUCACGCCCUUUACCCCCGAGGAGGGCGUCUGGGCAAUGCAACUCAACAAUGGGCAAUACUGGGCGGUGACCAGCCCUGAGAGGACUCAGCUCAACUGUGGGCACCUGUCGCGGGUGAGGGUGGCGCUGGACCUUGAGGUGGGAGCAGUGUCCUUCUAUGCAGUGGAGGACAUGCGCCACCUCUACACCUUCCGCGUCAACUUCCAGGAGCGAGUGUUCCCCCUUUUCUCUGUUUGUUCUACUGGCACCUACUUGAGAAUCUGGCCUUGAAGAGCUCUGUCGGGCUUCCUAGGAAGGGACAGGGCAGCAGUGAACUCUCCUCCUCGAGAUGGAGGAACUUUAUCUUAGACCUUCCUUCACACCCCUACUUCAGCUGCCCAAGAAGGCUGCUUCAGAGCACAACAUUGGCGCAGAAAAAGGGGCGCUGUGCGUAACUAACUGCACAGGGACAAGAUGCCUUGGACCCCUUCGUGCCUGCUGGUUCCCGUAAUGUUCCUGUAAAUUGUGUCUGAACUAUGGAGAGGAGUCGCUCACUGGCAUAAAAGCCCAGCUUUAAGCAAGGGUGCUUCCUAUCACAAGGGCGGAUUACUGCCUUGAUUCAGAAGGGUCCCUGUUUACACAGAACAAUGUCGAAGACUGGUACCCUUGCAAAGGGUGUGUUUAGGCCCUGGGCCCAUCGUGUUAUUACUUUACAUUUGUGACAGCUGCAGGCUCUGCCUGGAGAGGUCGCUGAGUCCCCUGGAUCCAGCUGGCCUGGCUGGGUUGUUUAUUCAGGGAGGAGCAUUGUGCUCCCCAAUUAGAAGCCAGUCUGGCUGGAUCUGAACAGAGAGACUCAUGACCUAUACAAGAGGCCAGAACUACAGUAUACACAUGUUAGCACAUUGCUGUCCUCCAGCGCUCUUCAUGUGCAUCCUUUGCCACAUUGAUUGCCAAUGUGGUCACAGGUGCCUUACGUUUUCACCGUUUCCUUUGGGUAAGGAGAUCAGAGGUUCUGGAACUGUGAAACACAAGUUGAUACUUAGGAGUUUACAGAUGCAGCUAGCACCAACCAGUGUAGAGAUGCACACAGCUCAAGCACCGUCUUGACAAACCUUUUCUGGAGCUUUCUAAAUCUAUGCAAAUGCCAGAACAUGCUGGUGACCAGGAUUACAGGGCAUCUGCCCUGGAGGGGGUUGGCUAGGCCAACCUCCUUAGCCUCUUAACUGGCUAUUGUUCCAUAGAGAUCACAAAGCUGGGUUUCUGGAAGGGCAGGAAUGGGCAGAUCCUUGCUUAUUGCUCUGCUUGGAAGUGGGAGAGGUGAUGGAAAUACAGAUUAUGAGCACA